UUAAAAGAUACACGUUUUUUAUGUUUGAAUGAAUAAUCUUAAUGGACAUUGGAAAUUAUUAUUUUUAACGAGACACGUCAUCAAAUCACAUCUGUUCACAGUAUUUCUGUUAUUGUUUUUGUUAUAGCCUUAAGCUCGUGAGUGAAUUCACUUUAUUUGUUUUUAUUUUUAUUUUACUUUUACAUUUUCUCGGGAUAACUCCCAUUGCAAAAGGAUGGCAUUUGUCAUAUCAGUUUCAAAACCAUAUCGCAUGUUAAUUAUCCAUAGGCUAUGCCAGGAAGUUCCUAAAGAGUAAAGACCAUUCACAUUUUUGAAUUAACUUAGUUAAGUUACCUAGAUGGAUUAAAGGUUGGUGUUUCUUUCAGACAUGUGGAGAAAGAGCGUGUGUGAGGGGUGUAAUGAGCUCAUUCGGGACAGGUACCUGCUCCGCGUGCAGGACGGACUGUGGCACGAGCGCUGCCUGCACUGCGCAUCAUGUCGCGAGCCUCUGAAAGACACCUGCUUCCUCCGCAAUAAGACACUCUACUGCAAGCGAGACUACCAGAAAUUGUUUUUAGUACGGUGCAAGGGCUGCGCAGAGAUCAUCUCUCCGGCCGAGCUGGUGAUGCACGCAGGCCCUGCGGUUUUCCACCUGCGGUGUUUCUGCUGCUGUGUGUGUGCCUGCAGGCUGCAGAAGGGAGACCGAUGUGUGCUUACAGGGGACAGGCUUUUCUGUGCCAGAGACUAUCACAACCAACUGGCCAGCCCAACCACCUCCGACUCAGGUAAAAGUGAAGAUGCUGAGGAUGAUGAUGAUGAAGACAACAUUAGGACUGCAGGGGAGUCUAACACAAUAGGAGACGUGGAACACAAGAGGCCUAAAAGGCCUCGAACCAUCCUUACAACACAGCAGAGACGUGCUUUCAAAGCUUCCUUUGAGGUCUCAUCCAAACCAUGUCGAAAGGUAAGGGAGACCCUGGCAGCAGAGACAGGAUUGAGCGUACGAGUCGUUCAGGUCUGGUUCCAGAACCAAAGAGCCAAGAUGAAAAAACUGGCAAGAAGACAACAGCAGCAGAAGCAAAGCGUGUCCUCUCAGGAGAAAAGGGAUAGCCAAUCACAACACACUGCGCCUUCUUGUGGAGGUAUGCCUGCUGAGCUGGAGUGCGCAGGUUCAUAUUCACUUACCCAGCAGAAUAUCAGUCUAGACUCACAGAGCUUCGAGCUGGACCCCUUCAGACAGGGCCUCACCCCUCCUCAAAUGCCUGGAGACCACAUGCAUCCCUAUGGUUGUGACACAAUCUAUGAUGAUACAGACAGUGACCUGUGCCAUUUUGGAGACUGCAUGUCGUCGAGUGAACCCUCACUUUUAACACCGAUUGACCGAUUGUAUUCAAUGCAAGAUUCUUAUUUUGCCUCUUGAUUGUCAUUCAGACAGCUCAGGAAAGAUUUAUGGGGAGAGAGUGCAAGUGUAUGUAUGCUUGUGUGUGUAUUCUGCUUAUGCAUGUUUUUAGGGUGGUGACUGGCGACAAUGGAAAUGUACUGUGAUGAAAAUGUUCUUUGUGUAAUUUGUAUUUAUUGUUUUAUGUGUGUAAUCUGGACUGAAUUACAA